UCAAACGAGGACCGGACGACACAUUAAUGGUCUAUAUGCUGUGUUACUCUGACAACAAGAAAAUGCCUGUUGGUUGUUUUUAUUAGAAUUCGGUGGAUUUGAACUUGCGUUUAAUACGAUUUAGCUGAUGCAAAGGAGCUUCAGUCACUAGCGCAAUGGCUCCUGGAGUCCAGAUGAGAGUAGCCUCUGGACAUCUUGAGAUCCUUCAGGUGUAUCACCUGCUGCAGUGUGUGCGUCACGGAGACAAGAACAAAAUUAAGAAGCUGCUUCGUCUGGGCGUUCCAAAUCUCCUCAACCUGUCAGAGCCCAGCGAGGGCCAGGCUGCCCUGCAUCUGGCCUGCAUCGCUCCCGAUCCAGAAAUGGUGGAGUUCCUGCUCUCUCAGGGGGCCCUCCCAAUUGUACAGGACCUGAAGGGCCGGACCCCUGCGAUGAUGGCAGCAGAGCUGGGCCAGGACUCCACCAUGGUUCUCCUCGCUAAAAGUCAGGCCGAUAUGGAGCUGGUGGAUCACCAGGGCAAAGGGGUGCUGUUCUACUGUCUCCAUCCCACCGCGCUUCACCAGUGCUGCCUGCAGGUGGCGCUCAUCAAUGGAGCCGACCCCAACAACAGCUCGGCAGCGGGGGUGCCGGUGCUGGUUCUGGCCUGUCAGAGGGCUCCAGAGUUCAGCAGCAUGGGCCUCAGCCUGCUGGACCAGGGCGCCGACCCUAACGCCGUCAGCCAGGUGACGGGACUAACAGCACUGAUGGAGGCGUGUCGCGUGGGGGCCGUGGACCUGGCCAGGGACAUCCUACAGCGGGGGGCCGACCCCAACGCUCUGGACCAGCGGAGGAGGACAGCAGCCCACCUGGCUGCACAGGGGGGCUUCUUCGAGGUGUUAGUGUUGUUGUCUGCGUAUGGAGCUGACCUGGGCUGUGCAGACCGGGACCUCAGUAACCCCCUGCACAAGGCUGCAGCCGAAGGCUUUGCAGAUUGCUGCCGCUUCCUGGCACAGAGAGGCUGUAACGCUAAACAGAAGAACGUGGAUGGCCUCCUACCUCGACAGUUGGCAACAGACAAGGCAACCUCCAAGGAGCUGAAGAAGGCCGAGACGCUGCAGGGGAAGCUGUCCAAACCCGGGGCCGAGGACCCCAACCCAUCCUGGAAACUCACCCUGCACGACUGGUCCUGUGAGAACCAGGACGCCCUGCGCACUGCCAUGGAAACCAUGGAGGAUGCGGAGGCUUGUCUGGAAACCGUUGCCAUGGGCACAUUUUCCACCGUGUUGAAGGAUCACAAAGCACCGCUGGAGGAAGACCAGCUCCUGCAGAUCAUUCAGGCACACCAGCAGGGCGGCGAGCAGGCGAUCGACCUGGGGGAGUUCUUCAAGGGCCUCGGCUACCUGCAGAAGGCCUUCACCCUCUGCUCCUACGACCCCAAACCGGAGAAGAAGAAGAAGAAGGGGGGAAAGGGGCCGGGCCGGGGCAAGUCUGUCCCACCCAUGCCCAUAUGCAUCCUCCCCGAGCUCCUGAUCCGCCGACGGCCAGACGUACGGCACCCGGAGUUCAUGAUCGAGCAACGCCAGCCCGCCAUAGACAGCGGGUUCUUCGUCCCGGGCCGCCGUCCACGCAACGCCAUCGAGGACGACCGUGCGUGGUACAUAGACCAGCCUGAUCAGGUGUUUAUACACAUCAACCACUGUGUGAAGACAUCUGACCUGGAGUCCCUGAGCCUUGCCUUUAGCCAGGGGGUACCGGUGGACGUUCAAGACCGCUACUACAAAACACCUCUGAUGACCGCAUGCAGCAUUAUCAACCUGGAAGUGGCCAGGUUCCUCAUCUCAAUGGGUGCUGACGUGAACUCGAGGGACCAGUUAGGCUGGACGCCGCUCCACCACGCCUGCCACACUGGUCGGCUGGACAUGGUGGAGCUGCUGGUGAGUGCGGGCGCCAAGGUGGACGCCGCGGCCCUCCAGGGGGGCACGCCCCUGAUGACGGCCAUCGACAGCCGUGCUCUCGGCUGCGUGGAGUACCUGAUCAACGCCGGAGCCGACGUCAUGGCGGAGACCAAACACGGUGAGGACUGCCUGGCCCUAGCUAGAUCCUACGAUGAUGAUGAGCUGUCAGAGCUGGUCCAGUCAAAGGUUGACCGCAAGCACCAACACAAGGAGCAGAAGGGGAACAGUGGCGGCACAUCGAAGAAGACCCCACCUGAUCCCCCGCAGCAGGUUCAGAAGCCCUUUAAGAGAGGGGAGGAUGUCAUACACCUUCACCAUAAUAUCAGCAGCGGUAAAGGCCUCAAACGGGACAUUAGCUUUGUACCACGACUGCCCCUCCCCCCUAUCCCCCAGCCCCUCUCCCCUCAGGUCAGGGGCUGCCAGGCGACCACUGCACAGUUGAUUGACAGGAGCGAGAAAAGAGAGCCUCGCACAUCAGUUGGAUUUUGAGGAACCUCCUGGAAUGGUCAAAGCCUCAGGGCUGGCUCAGCAGCUAGACUCCAUUGACUGGCUAAACAUGUACAUAUACUUAAAAAGGAAAUAAAUGUAUGAAGCCGACUGACAAACUGCUAUUCAAAUCCUUUCCCCCAAAACAGCUGUCUGGUAGUUUACAACCCAUGGCCGGAUAUCAAGGUAUCAUAAAAUAUGAGUCAUAAGUCGUAAGCAAGAAGCAAGAUAAGUUGCACGGCUUAUGCUAAGAUGCUGAAAUAUGGAUAGAUUGGUUAACCUUUCUGUCAAAGGUAUCUUUCAUAUCUUCAAUCAUGAUAGUGCUCUGUGUGUGUGUGUGCGUGCGCGUGCGCGUGCGUGUGCGUGUGUGUGUGUGUGUGUGUGUGUGUGUGUGUGUGUGUGGACAAGCUUCAAAUUGUAGGCUCCAUAGCUAUUACUCUGUACGUUUGUCAAGUUGCCAAUAGGGGGCAGUAAUUUGGUUCAUAACAAUAGGUCAAUAACUAUUGUGUUUCCUGAUACAAUCCAACUGUACAAUUUUGCAACAGACAAAUAUUGAUCAACAGCUGCAUAUCUAGUGAUGAAGAGGGACACACCAACUUCACUGUGUUUAAAACGAAUAACCCAUUUUGUACGCCACCUAUUGAUGAUCCCCAUCAUCAAUAAUCUGUAGCCCAUUCAAGUCUGAAGCAUAAAUACAUGCUUGUAAGAUAUACAAUUAAAACCAGCAUUUCGGAGUGAAACGAGAAGAGUCGUCCAGAAUGACAAAGGACUGGGAGGAGGAAGAAGGACUGUUAAUGGAGGCAUAGCCGGGGGGUCCCGGCGGAGGGAGGGAGAGGGUGUGGUGGCAGCACAUCUCUGUCUACGGGAUCAAUGGCGUCAUCCUGGGGCCGAUCAUACAUUUGCAGACUCCAUGGUCUCACACAAGCAGCAGCAGGCCAUAGGGUAUCCUUCUAGAGAAGUGAUUGUACUCGCAAAGUCAUGGAAGGGGGUCAAGGACAUCAUACAGGGGCGGGGCUUAUUCAGUGUUGCUAUGGAACCGAUUGGAGCAAAGAAGGCAUUCUUAGGACUGUUCCCUUUCAUUUCCUAACCGAGAAUUAUAUAUUAUUUUUUAAUCCCUGUAGGGUUGCCUACAGGGAUUCUCAUUUGACCUUGACAAAUGAGUAAAUGCUGCUAAUGUAUUGAUGUUUGUAUUGACAAGCAUUGUCUGCUUGUUGUUAAUGUCUGCCGUUUAUGUUGACAAAGGUUGUAUAUUGAGUACAUAUGAGAAGCAUACGUGGUUCCUCAAUCUACCUACACAUAUAAGUGGCUCACUAUGCCACCCUCAAGGAAAUCUAUUGAG